UCUGCUUCUUCACGUCUCUCUCUCUCUCCUCUCCUUCUUCUCUCUCUCUCUCCUCUCCUUCUUCUCUGCUAGGGUUUGACCUGCGGCGUCGGGUGAAGCUCAGGCGCCGGCCGAGUGAAGCUCUGACAUUUUAGCGUGUUUUUACUUUUUAGCUUCCAUGGAGUUGGGAAAUUCUUCUGCGGUUUCCAACGGCAAACAAUUCUCCUUGUGUAAUUUUACCAAAUUCCAGAGGCCAAAUGAACGUCCAAGUCUCUCUCUUCUUCCUCAUCAAUCAAAGGCUUCCUGUUCACUGCCUCGGAGACGUUGUGCUCUCAGAGCCAGUCUCAAAGAGAUCGAUAUUUCCACCGAAAAGAAGGUGAAGAAGAUGUCUGGAGAAUUGGAGCAUUCGAUUUUGACGGCUUUAUCGCCAUUGGACGGUCGCUAUUGGGGCAAAGUGAAGGACUUGGCACCUUAUAUGAGUGAAUAUGCGCUUAUAUACUAUCGCGUUCUAGUGGAGGUCCAAUGGUUGCUAAAGCUUUCGCAAAUUCUUGAAGUUAAAGAGGUUCCGACCUUUAGCAACGAUGCAGUGUCUUUUUUGCAAGGAAUUGUUGACGGAUUUACUGUGGGUGAUGCGUUGGCAAUAAAAAAUAUAGAGAAAGUGACAAACCAUGAUGUAAAAGCAGUGGAAUACUUCUUGAAACAGAAAUGCGAGUCUCAUCCGGAGAUAGUCAAGGUGCUGGAAUUUUUCCAUUUCGCUUGCACAUCCGAAGAUAUUAACAAUCUCGCUCAUGCACUGAUGUUGAAAGAAGCUCUGAACAAUACUAUAUUUCCUGUUAUUGAUCAUUUGAUUGAUGCAAUAUCUAACAUGGCUAAGGACAAUGCCCAUAUUCCAAUGCUUUCUCGAACCCAUGGGCAGCCAGCUUCACCAACAACUUUGGGGAAAGAAAUGGCAAUUUUUGCUGUCAGACUAAGUAGAGAAAGAAGGGAUAUUUCCGAGGUUGAGAUAAUGGGGAAGUUUGCUGGUGCAGUUGGUAAUUAUAAUGCCCACCUUGCUGCAUAUCCUGGUACCAAUUGGCCCCACAUUGCUGAGGAGUUUGUAACAUCUCUUGGAUUGACUUUCAAUCCUUAUGUUAGUCAGAUUGAGACCCAUGACUAUAUGGCGAAACUGUUUCAUGCAGUUUACCGAUUCAACAAUGUAUUGAUUGAUUUUGAUAGAGACAUAUGGGGCUAUAUAUCGUGGGGUUACUUUAAGCAGAUAACUAAGGCUGGAGAGAUUGGGUCGUCAACUAUGCCUCACAAAGUGAACCCCAUUGAUUUUGAAAAUAGUGAAGGUAAUCUUGGCAUUGCUAAUGGAGUUCUAUCUCACCUAAGCACAAAGUUGCCAAUCUCCCGAUUUCAGCGUGACUUGACGGAUUCAACCGUUCUCAGAAAUAUGGGUGUGGGACUGGGGCACUCUCUUCUAGCCUAUAAAAGUACGCUACAAGGAAUUGAAAAACUUCAGGUCAACAAAGCUCGCUUGAGUGAGGACUUGGAACAGUGUUGGGAGGUGCUUGCUGAACCAAUACAAACUGUUAUGCGAAGAUACGGUGUUCCCGAGCCUUAUGAGAAGCUAAAGAAACUAACAAGGGGGAGAGCGGUUACCAAAGAAAGUAUUCGAGAAUUUAUUGAAGGAUUGGAAUUGCCUAAAGAAGCAAAGACGGAGCUAUUGAAGUUGACACCACAUACCUAUGUUGGAGCGGCUGUUGAGUUGGCAACGACGUCGGUGAAUGCCGUAAAAUCGGUGAUUCAAAGGUGCUAGGAAAUCAUAUUUUUGACGGAGUUACUACACAUGCUGAGCAUAUUUAGUCCCUCAUUAGGUGCGUAGCCGGGGGCUCUGCUCGGUUAUUAUUGUUUUUGUACUUUGUAGUCGGGCUAUAUCCACGAUGGAAAACCGUGGGAGAAGCUAAGUGAUUUUUUUUUUUUUUAAUGGCUACAGGUUAGUAGUGAGUGCAUAUGAUAAAUUUGGAAAUUCAUUAUAAUUUUUAAUCGCAGUGACAGCUAAAGAAAGUUAACGGGAAGAAAUGUCCUGUUUUUUUGCAC